GAAGGACAUGAGGUGCACAGGGUGGUCAGAACGUGCUGGCUCUUCCUCUCUGAGCCUGCUCUGAGCAGCACAGGCCAUUCCAGCAGUGCCUCCCUGAUCUUCUGACGUGCAGCUGGACACAUCUGGAGGCAGCAGGGCGUCUGGCCAGCCGUGCUUUGUGCCGGGGAUACCGCGGGGCGCUUCUCUGCCGAAGGAUCCCUGGAUUAAGGAGGGGGCAUGAACGUGGAGCUGGCCAUCCCUUUGGGGCACUGAACCUGAGGUGAACCCUGGCAAAUGAGAAAACAAAUCUCUUGAGACAUAAGCAGUGGUACUUCCCUGGAGGGAGGAGAUGGGGAUUCUCCUGUUGCUCUGAGUGUUGCCAGUUUCCAGAAGUGGUCCCCAGAGGUGGUGGACAGUUAUUCUGAGUGACGGCCCUUGCACACGCUUCUGAGUGGUUAUCAUGGGCUUCAUUGCCUUCCUGAAGACCCAGUUCAUAGUUCACCUCCUCAUUGGGUUCGUCUUUGUUGUCAGUGGACUGAUCAUUAACUUCAUUCAACUAUGCACGCUGGUCCUCUGGCCCAUCAACAAGCAGCUUUAUCGCCGAGUAAACUGUCGCCUUGCCUAUUCCCUUUGGAGCCAGUUGGUAAUGCUGCUGGAAUGGUGGUCAGGCACAGAAUGCACGCUGUUCUCAGACGAGGCCACGGUGAAAACCUUUGGGAAGGAACAUGUCAUCAUCAUCCUGAACCACAACUUUGAGAUUGACUUCCUGUGCGGCUGGACGAUGACGGAGCGCUUUGGAGUGCUGGGGAGUUCCAAAGUUCUUGCUAAGAGAGAGCUGCUAUAUGUGCCCCUAAUUGGCUGGACGUGGUACUUCCUCGAGAUUGUUUUCUGCAAAAGGAAAUGGGAAGAGGACAGAGAUACAGUUAUUGAGGGAUUGAAACGUUUGUCUGAUUAUCCUGAAUAUAUGUGGUUUCUGCUGUACUGUGAAGGAACUCGUUUCACAGAGACCAAGCACCGCAUCAGUAUGGAAGUAGCUGAAUCCAAGGGGUUGCCUAAACUGAAAUACCACCUGUUGCCCAGAACCAAAGGUUUCACCACUGCUGUCCAGUGUCUCAGGGGAACAGUUUCAGCAGUGUAUGAUGUAACACUAAAUUUCAGAGGAAACAAGAACCCAUCUUUAUUAGGAAUUCUUUAUGGGAAGAAAUAUGAAGCAGAUAUGUGUGUAAGGAGAUUUCCUCUGGAAGAUAUCCCUCAAGAUGAAAAGGAAGCUGCAAAUUGGCUUCAUAAGCUUUACCAGGAAAAGGAUGCUUUGCAAGAGAUGUAUAAUCAGGAAGGUGUAUUUCCUGGCAAGCAGUUUAAACCUCCUAGGAGACCAUGGACUCUCCUAAACUUUCUUUUUUGGGCCACAGUUCUCCUCUCUCCUCUCUUCACAUUUGGCUUUGGAGUUUUUGCAAGUGGAUCACCUCUCCUUAUCCUUGCAUUCCUGGGACUUGUAGGAGCAGCUUCCUUUGGAGUUCGUAGACUGAUAGGAGUAACUGAAAUAGAAAAAGGCUCCAGCUAUGGCAACCAGGAAUUCAAGAAAAAGGAAUAACUGAUGGCUGCAGUUCAGCACAUAUAACCAGACUAUGGUAUCCGAUUAACUUCAGUUAAAAAACAACAACAAACACUUAGAAACUAUCUUUUUCUUAAUAACUGAUGACUAAUAUUAAUGAAUAAAACUUGAGCCAAGAAUGAAGAAGUUGGAGGCAUCGGCUGAAGAGAAUGCACCAACCUUCUGCCUGAUCAAGGAUUCCUGUAGUCAAGCUGUGGGAAAAAAUCUGGGGUGGGGUGGAAGAAGAAACUAAUUUUUCUUGCUUUGUUGGGGGACUUGGGGUGGGGGAGAAAAGAGGGCAUUGGCCAUGGCCACAUGUAUCUUCAGAUGACUGAAAACACUGGUUUCUGUCAAGAGCACUACACUCACUUUUACAACAGGAGCCAUUGAAUGUUUCCUCUUGCUAAAGCCAAUGUAACAUUUAUUGAUUUCCAGCUUCUCUUACUAAUGAGCCAGGAAAAAACACCCUCCUUAAAUGAAUUGACAGGUGUUCAUUGGGUUAGAGUGUUUUUGGCUGUGUUGUCAUGGCUACAGAUGAAAUCCUGUUUGUAUGUUACACUGACACUUUUUAUUUUCAGGCAACAUCUUAAGACUUCUGUAAUGCAGGAGAGGGAAUAGUGGAGUUCGGAAGCAGCAUGUUAUCCAUCAGCACAUCCCAUAGAGCAGAUCCAAUAGGAUAAAAUUCUCAUCCUAUCUCCUGCUAAUUGCUUAAGGCUGUUUAAUUUCAAAAUAUUACUUCAGUCUUGAGUGCUGUUUGCCCUGUUUCACAUCAAACAUGUUCCAUAAUUUUGGAUCUGUUUGGGUUUUUUUGAAUUAGUGACUCACUAAUUCUCACUGACUGUGGGAUUUAGAGUUUUGCAAAGAAGGAAAUUUUUUCAAUUCUCCUUUUAUUUCUGUUUGCAUCUCUCAUUACCAAAGUCCAGUUCAGCCAACCUCUCUCAGUAAACUGGGAGGCAGCACUAGAAAUCAGCACAAUAGUUUUCAAAAUGUCUUCUUUUGCAAAAUAAUGUGAAAAAGAGAGGUCUUUAGCAGUCAGAUUUUGAAUGCUGGCAUCUCUUGAACUUCUAAUGAGAGUUUCAGCAUGGAUUCAGAUGGGGCCAGGACCUUACCCUGUGUGUGUCAGGACAGGGUGUGCUGCUCUUUUGACUUGACAUGCUUUAGAUGUUCAUGUGAAGUUUAUUUGCAAGGUGAACUGUGCUGUUAAAGCAUUAGAAAGAGUAUAAGGUCUCUUCAGGGAUUUUAAGUAUCUUUAGUUUUGCUUGUUGACAUUUUGGUCUUUUUCACUGAAAAUUAGAGCUCAGAAUCAUGUCUGUACCUGCCUCUUUUUUUUCCUUUCUUUUUCUUCCUUUUCUCUCCUUUUUUUACGAACGCACAUUCAGAGAUUCAGAGAUUUCUGUAGGUUGCUGCUGUAUGCAUAGCUGGAGAAUUAUUUGCAAAUGGAUGGUAACUAUACCUGUGUGUUCAAGUCUGAAGGUCACAAUCUGCAUUUUGCUGCUCGCAGAAGUGGGUGAAAUGAGUUGCAGAUCUGAGCUGAGGGCAGAAGCUAACCCUCAGGGUCGGUAUCUUUAACCCAGCUGCCACUAGAAUAUUUAUCUCACUUUUGUAAAGAGCAGAUUUUAUCAAAGCACUGGUUGUUGUUUUCAUCUUUGCUCCAGUAACCAAGAUAAGAGAGUAAUAAUUUACCUUCUUUCCAAAUUUGCUCUUGACUGUUGGAAUGUAACCUCUUCUCCCACAGGUUUUUCUGUUUUCAAACACUGGAAGAGCAAUUUUGUAACUUAGAAAAAUAUUUUACUUGGGGUCAUUAAUCACUUGUUCUGUCAUGCACUUGAUUUUUAUUUGUGGUCUUUUCAACAAGAGCAUUUGAAGGAUGACCUGAGUUCUGUCUGUCUCCUGUUAGACUCCACCUCGCUGAAUCCUUGUACCCAGACCCCCAACGUUAGUGUGUCAUCUUUGUCCCCUCAAUAAAACUUCCCUAAGAGAGGGGCUGCAAAUCUGUUGCAAAUGUUAGUGGAAUUUGAAAUAUGCUUUGGGAACUGAGGAGAGCAGAGCCUAGCCAUAACUCUGUUUUCCUUGCUGGGUGUUUUUAUACUUUGUCUUCAAAUACAGUCAGACAUCCAAAUGCUGAUAAAAUUAACUCUGGCUUUUCCCUGUUUUUAAUCAGAGGACUGAGAACAGUGGUGGGGGGGUUAUUUUUUUUUGUUGUUCUUUUUUUUUAAUUAAGUAAUUCAGUAAUGGGUAUAAUUCUUGCUUCCUAGAGAGAUGUUACAAAUGCUGUAUACUUGCUUCCUGAAGAUGAUAAUGAGUAUAUAUAAGUUGUACUGGCUUAGCAGAAGAGGCUUGCAGAGCAGGCUGACCAUUGACUAUGUUUUAUACUUACAUUUUGAGCAGUAUAUUAAUGGGCAUGACAAGAAUUUCACAAAAUAAAUCCCUUCUUAAAGCUGAGAAGAGGGGAGCUGCUUAGAGAAGAAAGGAAUUAAUAGCCUUUCUCUUUACAGGAUCCUUUUCUCCUCUUAGUGCAUGUAACUCCCUAUUCAGGAUCAUGGGAUUAGUGCAUGUACAUCAAGGGGAGAAUAAUCAACUUUUCAUAUUUUCUUAUCAUAACUUAUUGGUCAUGCUUUCUUUUUGAAAAUAUAAUAAAUACAUCAUCAGAUACUUAAAAUUUCGCUCUUCUGAACAGACAUAUCAGUAACCACUUGAAAAACUGAAACCUACAGCAGUGCACAAAACAGUACAAAACCAACACAAAUCUCUUAAUUUUGAAUUUUAUCUCUCAAAUAGGGGUUUUUAUACACACGCGCGCACACGUACACCGAGUAUGUAUAAAUUAAAAUGACUGGAAAUAGCUGAAGUUAAUGUCACUAAUGAAGAUUAGCAAGUGGAUUGGAUUGGAAAAGUGAGCAUAGAUUUUAUAUCUUAUUUUCUUCUGGUUUAAUAGAGCAUAGCUUGUAUAUUUGACUACCGAGCCCUUUAAGAGCAAUAAUAAACAAAAAUAUAUCAUGUUUUUCGUCUUUUGCUUUCAACCAUGCUAGGUUUAAUAAACUUAAAGCUAUGGGAGUGUUUCUUCCCUCCACCUUUCAGAAUUUUCAUUUAUUGCUUAUUUGUUUGGAGUACAUAGAGUUUUCCAGUAUGGACUUGCAAGCUGACUGCCAUGGAGUUCAGCAUUGACUCUGAAGAGGAAUGGUUCUCAGACUAGCAUGGACAGAUACAGAUGUGUGCUCUUGGCCUUGGCAGCACUUGUCAUUGUCACCAACAGCAAUGUUGCUGCUCUCCAAGUGGGAUUUGCAGUUCCAAAGUAGCAUCACAUUGACCUACAUCUGAUAACCUGGUGAGAUAGCUCGGGGACUGCUGGCCAUGUGGCACCUCUGAGUUAGGAAGGCACAAAGAGCUGAUGCUAAAGAAGGAUGUGGUAUCAAGGGCUUGGCUCAGUAGGAUUACAGUUCUCUCUUGCUCAUUGUGGGCUGAAUGUGCUCUUGCAAUUGACUUUGCAUCACUGAGCAAAAUGUGUCUCUGGCACAAAGAGCAUGGGCAAUGUUCCUUUGUUCUGCUUUAACUUAUCUCGAAGGGCUCUACACUUAAUUGCUGACCAAUGAAUCUGACUGCUGCCUGUGUCCUAAUUGCCUGGUAUUCACAGGAAAAGUGAGUGUGUCUGCUCACUUCCACGUGGUACCUCUUGUCUCCAUCACCCAUGUCUGUAUAUCUGCUCACCUGUAUCUUCUGCAGAUGGUUUGGUUGCAACCUCUUAGCAGGAACUCGGAGCUUUCCAGUUCAACCAGUCCUACAGCAGUUGUCUCUCGUGGCUGGGGUUUUGUCUUCCUGAAUUUUGGCGCUGGUUGACAGCUCUAGGUCUGAAGUGACAGGGUUGUGUUUCUGCUAUAUGAUAAUGCAACUUUGCUGCUUCAAAGCAAAACUUCUAGCAGGGAAGAGAAGACCUUCCCAGGCCUAUUCACACAGGCCCUCCCUAUCUGGCAACAGGUCCCUCUGGUGAAAGGGAGUUGGGACAAGAUUUUUAUUAAGACCUGGAAUAAUGAGAAAGCAAGGGAGUCACUGUCCAUCAGAUAUUUGCUGAAAGUACUGUUUCUGUCUUGGGACUACCCCAAGACCUGGUUUUGCUUCAUGUACCUUUUGAAGAAACCUCACUAAAGUGUUUUAUGCAGAUGCUGGAGGCCAACACAGAUCAAAGUGAAGAAUCCAUACCUUGAUCUCCUUUAAAGAUGGGAUGCAGCAGGAUAGCUUACAGCAUCUCCUGGAUGCUAAGUGCUUCUGUCCCCUGGUGUGAAAGUUCUGAUCCCCAGCAGAUGAAAGCUGCAAGUUCUCCUGUGUGCCCACACAAAGAAGCUCAUCCCUGCAAUGGGAAUGCUGAAUUUGUACUCCCACCCAGUGUAUCACAGCUGCUUGAACCUUCUGAUCAUAACUGGUGGCUCCAGAGCUGCUGGUGCUGACUGAAGCUGGGAUUUGAAGCAGGUGACAGCCGUGCUGGGAGCUGUGAGGGAGAAGGAACACUGCAAGGUGCAUCGCUGGGAGGAGCAGGAACACUGACCAAAUUGUUGCUCUGAGAAAACUGAGUCAUCACCAGGAGCUUUGCAAAGCAGAGACAACUAUGUGAGAGGCAAGCUCUGACUGUAAUGUGGAUGUGAGAUGCCCCUGUGACAACUUACAAAAUAACCCUUGCCAUGUUCAUGUAGUUUGGGUCAGAAUUCCUCUUAAGGGCUUGUUUCAGGUGGGGGCUCUCAUUCUGACAUGUUUGUCUUUAAGGCUGGUUUAUCUGUCUCUGCAGCAAGAUGCUUGCAGGCUGUUGUGUGUUAUUUACCUGCUGUGGUUUGGAGUGAGAACAUUCUGGAAGUCGGCGUUACAGGGUCUGUGCCAAGUGUGUUAGCCACCAGAAAAAGUCAUGAAAAUAUUUCAUACUUCAGAAUUGGGAAGACAUGGGAUUGGCAUCUAAGACAAACAUGUUUUUCUGAUCCUUGGCCUCUCUAGGCUUUUAGAAAGCUGCCUGUAUUUCUUAAAAUGUUACACCUGUAGUUACCAGCCACCAUUCAGUUUUUGAGAUUGUAAGGAAGAAGGAUUAUUUGUGCACAUUCAUUGUUGAGACCACUUGAGUGCAGAUAGUCUAUUUCUAAAAACCACUAGCAAAAGCAGCAUUUUAUCUUUCCAGGAGAAAAAUGUAUUUUAAAAUUUGUUGCUGAAGUGUCUAUCAGAAUAUAAUAAUACUUUUAAAAUUUAAAUUAGAAGUAUUCCUUAGUGUGGGAGCUACCACUACCAAUUUUCAGUCUUACACAACUUUUUUCAUUUUGGCCAGCGUGCAUUCUUAAGGAAAACACAAUGAGUUACUAAUUACUAAAAUACAAUUUGCAAAGGAAGGAAGAGUAGGUAGCAGAGCCUAAUCAGGAAUUAAAUUUUACUCCCCGAGGCACGAGUGGGUUCUGUGUACCUCCUUUAUUCCGUGCAUGUGCAUCUGUGCAGAGAACCAGGCUGUGUCCCUUCGUGUCCCUUCGCUUCAGCUGUGUCUGGGCUGUCCCUUGUGACAUCUGAACGCUGAACUCGCCUGAACGCCCGGCAGCCGCCGGCGCCUCGCUCACUCCUCACAUCACCAGCAAGUACUGUAGCUUUAAUCAAAACCUUCUCUCCGAGGAAACUCGCCCUCCUUAAGCUGAUUGUUGUGUUGCAAACCUGCCAUUCGGAGGGAAGUGUAAGUCACCAGAUGAUCAUUAUUAGCCAAAUCUAACGAGUAAUAAAACUGUAUACAGGGUAUGCAUUUACUGUGCAUGUGUAUAUAUUUUUGUACGUUUUUACAGUUAUUUCGUACACUUGAUUUUAUGAUGUUCAGAAGAAGUGUGUCUGGAUCUGGUGAAAAAUAAGAAGCUAUUAAGAAAACCUAACCCUGUCACCUACUGUAGUUUUUACAGAGAACUGUGCCCAAACAAAUACGCAGAUUUACAGUGCUAUGCAAAUUUUACUUUGUAAGUUGUCUCUUAAAUUUUGCUUAAGUAGUCUACGCUGUUUUUACUGAGCUUUCAGAAACAAAGAUGAACGCAAAAGCCUUGUCUUGUAAAAUAAAAUAGCUUUGGCUGUGUGAAA